UUCCCAAACACUGACAGUCAUACACAGUGUAACAGAUUAGUUGCACACGGCUGCUGGCCUGUAAACUCCUCAAUUAUUUAACAGAUUCACAUCUAGCUGGUACAAGAUGGCUUCCCUAGAGAAAUGGGCUUGUGAGGAGCUGGAGAAGUUGGGUAUACCUGAUCCUGGGGAUAUUGUGCGUUACCUGCAACCCAUCGAGAACCCUUCAGAAGUUGAAGAUUAUUUGGUAUCUAUGCUGGACUUGAACAAAACAUCUCACCAGAAGUUUAUUGAGAUGUUCUUGAAGAAACAAGAAGAGGCAAAGUCAAAUGUUGAUACUAGGUUUUAUAGGAAACCAGAUUUGGAAGACACUAUGGGAUUCAAAAUAAAUGAAAACAAGAAAAAACAAAAAAGCCCAAAAGAGAUUGUUACUUCCAAUGGCAAAAGUCAGAAAGAGUUGUCUUCUAGUUCUAAUGCUCCUAACUCUGCAACAGCUUCACUAAAGAAGAAGACCAAGUUUGUUAGCUUAUACUCUGAUGAAGGCCUGACUAGGGAUGUCGUUCUCUUAAGUGGGAGACAUAAGUGUGACUGUCAAGCGAGUAAACACAAACUGAUUAGCAAUUGUCUAAAGUGUGGUCGAAUUGUAUGUGAGCAGGAGGGUUCAGGACCAUGUCAGUUUUGUGGCAACAUGGUAAUCACAAAAGAAGAAAAGGAGUUGCUGAACCGAGGCUCACGUAAAUCAGAAGCACUUCAAAAGCGGCUCUUCAGUGAGAAAAAUGCUAUAGUUAAUGAAGCUCCUUCUGAAACUGUACCAUCUACUGAAGACUUACAAAGGGCUGUUGAACACAAAAACAAGCUGCUGGAGUAUGACCGUACAAGUGAAAAGAGGACUAAAGUUUUUGAUGAUGAGAAUGACUACUUCAAUGUCAACUCUCGGUGGCUGAAUCAAGAGGACAAAAUGAGGCUUCAAAAACGAGAAGAGGAACUUAGAAAGAAAAGAUUUGACAGAAGUAAUCAGACUAUUACCAUUGACUUCUGUGGCCGCAAGACUAUAAGUGAGGAACAGAUAAGUGGUGUUUAUGAUCCAGAUGAUCCAUUGGUUAGAGAAAUUCUGGAAGGCAAAACCAAUGACAUAUUUUCUGCCCCAGAUAGAGAAGAAUCUAACCCAAAAGUAGAGGUAAAUCGUCCCACGUACACUGAUACAGGUCUUUGUACAGGCAAAGGACGGAGCAGUAGUAAGUUUAGUAAAACUGGAACAACACUCCGUUUACAAGACCGUGAACUGCAGGAAAUGACUGAUGAUGGGAUGUGUCUGAGCAUGCACCAGCCAUGGGCAUCACUGUUGGUGGCUGGGAUCAAGGUUCAUGAAGGAAGAAUGUGGUAUUCUCCUCAUCGAGGUAGGUUGUGGAUUGCUGCUGCUGCGAAGGUGCCAACCCCAGAAGAGGUCAGACAGUUAGAGCAUAUGUAUAGUGUUGUUCUGAAGGAUGAGAACCUGCCAUUCCCUCAUCAUUAUCCCACUGGCUGUCUUCUGGGAUGUGUAGAUGUUACCGAUAUUCUUCCCCAAGAAGAAUACAGAAAUAAAUACCCAGAUGGAGAAAGUGAUAGCCCUUAUGUUUUUGUCUGUGAAAAUCCUCAAGAAAUGAUCAUUAAAUUUCCAAUGAAAGGGCAACAUAAAAUAUACAAAAUGGAUCCUAAAAUUCAUCAAGCAGCAAAGAAAGCUCUAAGAGUAAGGGAAGAGUAAUGCACCCUGUGUCUGUAGAUGAAUAUUAUGUGGUUAUUGUACUACUGCAGUGUAUAUUACUUAAUAAACUUCUUUCACUUAGUACACUAACUAUUAUUUAAGGGUAAUGUCUUCUGAAAUAACAAGAAAAUAUUGGUUUUGGUUAAACUGGCAUUGUGACAACUUUAAUGGAUAUGAAUAAAAAACUGCAUACGGUACUUUA